UGAUGUCAUUUCCUGUAAUUUAAGGCAAGCCGAUUCAUCGAAUUUUGUGAUGAAUUCGAAUUUACUUGUUGGACGAGUUCAUAUUUUAAAAUCUUUUUAAAAAAGUGUUUCCAGCUCCCAUAGGUUCAAAGUGUGUUGCCACUAAAAUGCACUGCUUAAUCUAACAUGCAAAAAAAGAGUGCAUGGAGUAAUGUCAGCGUCAUUUGUCUAAUUGUUGAUAAAAAGUUUUUAAAAAAAUUGGAGAUAUUAUUUUAAGGCAAUGAAGCCCUGCCCUACUUGUAACAAGAGAAGACAGAUCAGUGGCAAGGAUGUCUCCUCGAAGCAAAGAAGGCCUCCAAUUGGUUGAUUCGAGAAGAAUUGAAGCAGAGCCUUUAUUUUUGCAAGCCUGUCAAAAAUGACUUUGGCUUUGUGAAACCUAUAGUUCAAAUUCUACACGCAUCUCCACACAUGCACACUUUCUUCUCAACGCACCUGAAGCCUGGACUGAACAUGCAACCAGCUGGCCGCCUGAGACUGAGGAUGUGGCUGGAGGAGCAGAUCGAGUCUGGGAAGUACCCGGGAGUCUGCUGGAUCGACAAGUCGGAGCAGGUUUUCCAAAUCCCGUGGAAACACGCAGCUCGUCACGGCUGGAAUAUCGACCGAGACGCCACUCUCUUCAGGAGCUGGGCUGAGCACACUGGCCGAUACCGUCCAGACCAACACAAAGCCGACCCAAAGACUUGGAAGGCCAACUUCCGCUGCGCCCUCAACUCUCUCCCUGAUGUACGUGAGCUACGUGAGCACAGCAACAAGAGAGGCAGCGACGCCUACAGAGUUUACAAGAUGCUCCCCGGCCCCAGUGUUCGCAAUAGAGGACUCCGGAUGCGGAGUCAGCAUUUCAAAGAGCAGCAGCGCAUCAGACCGCUUGCGCCUGUUGAUGCGUCGCCGCAGCCAUGGCAUCCUCCCAGCGGCGUUUCAAGCACUCAAGAGGCGUCGUGCAGCACUGCUGUGACAGACAUGUUAUUGGAGGCCAUGGAGCAGGAGGACGGAGCCAGGGUAUCACAGGAGAAUCCUCCGGACCUUCAAAAGCUGGUUAGUCACUUCAGCAGCACGACUGAGUCGUGCAACCCCGCUUGUGCUCAAAGAGGAUGGAGGGCUUACCCACUCUGGGACCACUGGCACUGUCCAGUGGACGACAGCCUCUUCUCCCUGCAAAUAGAGACCGGCAAUGAACUUGCGUCAGACUGGUCCUUACAUCAGCAGACCCUUACACUGUAGCAACAUCAGGAACAAUGUGUCUGCGUGUGCGCGUCGCGUACGUGAUUAAAUGUUCUUUUUCCCCGCAAACCCACUGAAAUAAAAGACGAGACAAAAGAUCUUGUUCCAAGCCACGCAUUAGCUCAUGUUUUAAGUGCUUCCUACUCACGUCGAUGACUCCCUAUAGCAACAAAGAGGAAUGAUCUCAUUUUGCAUUGU